AUGACUUACGAUUCAAAUGGAACUACAGUUCUAGAUGAAAUAGACCGUUUAUUUGUUGUUUGUGAAAAAGCAAAGGAAUAUGUGAAUAAAAUAUCGGUGGGUAUUGACCAACAAAUUGAUUUAUGGCAGUAUCGUCGACAGAUUAUUACUGAUCAAAUGCAUUCACCAUCAUCACUGGAUUUUCUUCUGCCAAAAACGCAACGUAUCAACGAACUAGCAAUCGAAGCCGUUCAAGCAUUAUGCCGGGUUGAUCUACUAGUUGAACAAAUUCUUCGUAUUGACCCAAAAUCAGCCUUACAAACACGACCUAUUCCAACAUCACAAUCUUUUUCAGCACGAUCAAUUGAUACAAACGUUUCACAUUCAACAAUAAAUUCAAUCGGCACUCGUCUGCGUCAUCCUGCACCUACACCAGUAUUGAAUUCUGUUAAACAACAAUCAUACGUUGAACCGAUGAUCAACGGAAGACCAAUUACACAAUCAAUUCAUCCUAUACCUGUGCUACGAACACCACAGCAAACAUCAACAACGCGAUUGCCAUCAACGAAUACGCAGGACAGAACAAGCUUCAAACCAAUUGAACAACAGUAUCCGCAGCGGCAACAACAACAACAACAACAGCAAUCAACUAUUAUUAAUGAACGCACGCCACGACCAACACCAAUGCAUGUACAAGCAAAUCAUUAUACUGCAAAUGAUAGUCAUGCAUCUGCUCGACCAAUACCAACACCAUACGAAACGCGCACACCACCAUCUGAAAGUAUUGCUUCUCCAAAGCCACCUCCUUCAAACAGCCAAGUUGCAUCAGGUUAUCGUCGCGCACCACCAAGUGAUAAAGUCAAAGUGAAGUUACAACGAAUUCAGCCUGGUACAGUGUGGAAACAAGCAAAGAUUGAUGUUAUCGAUUCGCUUUCUGCAUUUUAUGUCGAAAACCAUGAUCCAAGAGUGCGUGGAGUGUUCAAUGAUAUGUUAGAGAAUCUUCAUGAAUACUACGACACAUUAGAGCAAUCAAAUAGUUUAACUCCAUUAGUAAACGUUUCAAUUGGCGAUUUUGGUGUGGCGAAGUAUAGUGAAGAUAACCGUUGGUAUCGAGCACGUCUAUUGAUGUGUGAAGAGAAUGACCAAAUACGCAUUGUUUUCAUUGAUUUUGGCAAUAUCGAGACAAAAGAUAUCCAGGAGUUUUAUCCACUUGAUAAAUUAUUCACAGAACUACCUGCUCAAGCUAUCGCAUGUACUCUAUCACGAGCGUUUCCUCGUUCACCGACCGAAUUCGAAAACAUAUGGUCUCAAGAUAUCAUCAAGAUAUUUCGAGAAGAAGUUACAGAUCGAUUUGUUGAAGUGAUUUUUGUUCCUACAGAAGACGGAACACAGGACUGGCCUUUGCAUUUUGUGACAAUUAAUGUUGGUAAUCAAUCUGUGACAAAUAUGUUAAAUUUGAAACAGUAUAUUGAACCAAAAUCAAAUCGUCAUAUUGCUGAACAAUUGGCAGAGUCUAUUUCACAUCAAGAAUAUAUUCUUUUCAAUGUCCCUAUAAAUGAAGAAGAAUUCGAAUAA